AUGAAGGGGUAUACGGCUGGACGUUCGCCCUCGACUGCAAAAGCCAAGUCUCCUACUCGCUCAUCACAGGCGGCUCAGCGUCGCGCAAAGGCGCUUCACGAACUUGACGAACUGCUCGGAGUUGACAAGAAAAUUGCAGUGGCGGAAGCAACCACGGAUACAAGUGGUGUGGACUCCGACCCCAUCGUCUCCUUAGUCGCUACGGAGCUGGCACUCGCUCAAGUGCAGGUUGAUGACACACAACGGUAG